GAAAUAAGUAGUUUGGCAAAUAAAAAGAAUGAACAUUGUAAUAUUUGUCUUCAUUUUCAUUUUUAUUUUCAUUCACACAAGGCAAACAAGUUUGGGAUUUUAUUUUUUCAAAUAACAGUGGACUUCAGUUAGAAGGGUUGUAGAAAAUCGUCUGCUCAUCUCGUUGUUCUAAUCAAAACGAUACAAGGAAUAAUAAAAGUGAAGUGUUGACUUAAAAGAUGAAAGAAAAAUCAUUUUUAUCGAACGAAAAUUAAUAUUAGCUAAGUAGUUCAUUUGCUUACAGAGUUGCAAAGAAGAAAUUCUGAUUGUUUCUCUCCAAACAGAACAAAGAAAAAUAAUAAAAUAAAAUGCACUCCAUUUAACUCGAUUCAUAAUCUGCACAUCAUUUAACUCUUUAUUAUACCCUACUUAAUGCUCUUUAGAGCAUUCUGAUGUCUGCUAAUAUAACUGAAACAUGUAGAACCGAUUUUGUUAGUAGAAGCUAAGCAACAUUUCUGAUAUGCUGCAUGUUACUGAAACUAAUUAAUAUCUGAUGAUUUAUUAAUGGAAUUAUCUGAUGAAAGAGAAGAAGAUUUGUUGAAAGGAAGUGAUUCCAUGAUCAGCAUUUCAUUAUUAAUUUGCUGCAUGUUCCUUGAAGCUAACUUCAAUCUGCCGUGGAGUUGAAACAGAUAAUCUGAUGAAUUAAAAUUAAAACUUUUGAUAGUUUGAAAAAAGAAUUUAGAGACAAAAGACUGAUUUGUUCAUGAUGGUGGAAUGUGUCCAUGCUAAACAUAUCUGCAAAGCCAAUUUAUAUUUCUGAGUAGACACUGAGCAACGUUCUAUUCAUAAUUUGCCGCAUGCUCUUGAAGUCAAUUUAAAUCUGCCGAUGAGUUGAAAUAGAUUAUCUGAUUGAAACUAGUUUUUUUUUAUUAAAAUAGAAUUUGCUAACGAAAGAUUAUUUGCUGGACGUGACGUGUGAAGUCUGAUCUCUACAAAUAUGUCCUCAGAUCGGAAAUCCUCGACAGGACUUGAUUGGCAGGAGGCAAAAGGCGAUGAGGAUACUGCCUGCGGAAUCGGUCAUUUUCACCCGGCAUGGCUCCAAAGGUUUAGUUCUCCGAAAUCGUUUCUCAUCAGCAAUGGUCUUUUGGGUCUCUUGAAUGGAGCUACCUUCGCUCACUUCAUCGGUUGCAUAUCCACUUUAGAGAAACGUUACGCCUUCGAAACAAAGAUAUCAGGUCUUAUUUUGAUGUCCGAAGAGUGGAUUCCAUUUUUCAUAGCUUUCUUAUUGGGGUACUUUGGAAGUCGGACCCACAGACCGAGAUUCAUAGCCGCAGCCAUGUGCGUAUCCACUCUCAGCAGUUUUGUUUUCGCGAGUCCUUACUUUUUGUACGGAGCCAUAAGGGACUCAUCCGUUUUGAAGGAAUAUGCCAAUCAGACCGAUUUUCAGCUGUGCGGAAAAAUUGAAACGUACGAAACAUGCAACAAAAAUCCCAGAAUCUUUGCUAUCUCGCUCAUAUUCUUUGGAAUUAUGUUGAAAGGAUUGGGAAAUAUAGCAUUUUAUUCGGUUGGAACUCCUUAUUUGGAUGAUAAUAUUAACAAGAAAAAUUCCGCACUCUACUUAGCAAUUUCAAUGACCAUUCAGUUACUGGGACCAGCAUUAGGAUUUUUGCUUUCCUCUUUUUGCCUACAAUUUUACGAGGAUCCUUUCUAUGAUCCUGGAUAUGGACCAGAAGAUCCACGAUGGAUCGGAGCCUGGUGGCUUGGAUUUGUCAUCAUAGGCAUUUGUAUGUUUUUUGUCAUGUUGCCAGUGUGGCUCUACCCGAGACGAUUUCCCGGUGGAAAAGAACCAGAAUCUCACAGGAAAAAAUCUUUCAAAUCCAUGACCGACUACUUAAAAGACAUGAAAAACAUUUUGUUCCGCUUCUACAAGAACCCAUUGUUAAUGUGCAACCAACUUGGAGCCAUCAUGAGAAUUAAUGGAAUCGAAGGCUACUACAUACUGAUGCCCAAAUAUCUGGAAAUGCAGUUCAAACAGACAGCUUCUAUGGCCAAUCUUCUAUCAGGUCCAGUUGUAAUUGUUCUAAUGAUGGUGGGUAUCAUGAGUGGAGGAUAUGGAAUAAGCAAGUUCAGACCAAGAGCCCGAAAACUGACUGGAGGAAUUGUAGUCACUCAAAUACUGACGAUCGCGAGCUUUAUCGCUUGCAUGCUUAUUAUGUGCCCAUCAACAGAGAUGUCGGGAACAGUGUUUAGUUUAGAAAAUGAUUGUAAUCAUGAGUGUUAUUGCACCACCAAGACAUAUACUCCGAUUUGUGCACCUGAUUCUAAAUCGGAGUACUUUUCUCCCUGCUAUGCUGGAUGCACCGAGUUCAAAAAUGAAGACGGCAAACAGGUGUACACGAACUGUAGUUGUGUACAGGAUGAAGCUGGAAAAUUCCGUCAUGGAAAUGCUGAAAAUGGUUUCUGCGGAUUCCAUUGUCAGGGACUUCUUGCAUACGUCAUAAUACUUUCUGCCGGAAAAUUCAUGUUCUCAUCACUGGGGGUCGCUAAUCCACUCAUCACACUCAGGUCCGUUGAUCCUGAUGACAAGGCAAUGGUGUUUGGUGCUGUAGGUCCUUUAUAUUCUUUGUUAGCAUUCUUCCCUUAUCCACUUAUUUACGGCGCCCUCACGGAUUCCAGCUGUCUCGUAUGGCAAAAAAGUUGUGGAAAGACUGGAAACUGUUGGAUCUACGACCUCGAUGACUUCCGGUACAAACUUCACGGCACUACGAUUGUAUUCUUUUGCUUUGCUUGUUUCUUUGAUAUCUGCGUAUGGAUUUUUAGUAAGAAUCUCAAAAAUUUGUACGAGGAGCCUGUCUCCAAAGAACAAAAAGAAAUGAACCCUUUGUCCACCCUCCAUUUUGAUACUGUUCAUGAUACGCGAAGUGAAACAGAAUCGGAUUUGGAAUAUGUUUCAAAAGAAGACUCUUUGAAGAGGGAUUCUUAAAAUCAUUCAUGGUUGUUUAGAAACCCUCGAAAGUAUUGCAAAGAAAGAUACAGAUUUUUGUAUUGUAUUUGCAGAAAACAUUUGCCGAUUACUCUAAAAUAUGUCGACGAACCAGUUUCCAAUGAACCACAAAGAGGUUCUGGUUCGCUAUUGCUCACCAACCACCUUUCCUUUGCUUUUUGAUAUUACAUUUAUAUGAAUAAAUAUUUAUUCAAAAGAUCA